UGGAAGCACGCGUAAACGAGCGUGUGUUUGACUGUGUGCGUGCGCGCUCGUGUUCUACCGUUUUGACAGCUGCGAAUUGCAUCUUCCGCCGCAAAAUAGAGUAAAUAUUGCGUUAGUUCGGAAGCGAAAGAACAAAAUCUACCGCUCAAAAAGGAUACAUAUUUUUACAGCCGUUGCCGGUAGGCCUGAAUAACGUUCAACUGUUUACAUUCACCGUGUGCAAACUCUGUGGAAGUGGGUACUGUACUGCACAUCUUAUGGCACUAGUCCGGAGUCAUUCUACGCACAAGACGGUGGCGUGGUUAUGCCCGCUCGUAUCACUUCUUCUGGUGCAGUUUCCAUCGAACGUCUUAGCGAUACAGAAAGAAAUGACCGUCAGUAUUGCGCCCGGGAAGGUGGACUGUUUCUACGAGACUGCAAAAGCCGGACAAACGAUCGACAUCGAGUAUCAGGUGAUAGACGGUGGGCACGGCGAUUUGGAUAUCAGCUUCGAGCUGGCCGAAGUGACGGGACGCACAAUAUUUGCCGAUUAUAAAAAGUCGGACAACAUUCACCGGUUUCCGGUGCCGUACGAUGCGGAGUACAAGUUUUGCUUUGAUAAUGGCUUCAGCCGGGCAAACAGUAAGACGGUGUUUUUUGAGCUCAUUAUCGAGCGGGAAGGUGACCAGGAGGAUUCCAGCUGGUCGGACAUCGAUCUCCUGGAGGGCCUAACGCCGGAGGAGUUCUACGAGAUGAAGGUACAGGACAUGGAGGACGCGAUCAAGCGUGUACGCAACAAUCUAACGAAGGCGCGCCAGCUGCAGGACAUGCUGCGUUCGCACGAGGCUCGUGAUCGUAACGUGGCCGAGGAAAACUACUUCAAGGUGAACGUGUGGUCGUUCUUCCAGAUUCUUGUCAUGGUAGCAGUCGGUACACUGCAGGUGUUCAUGGUGAAAUCUUUAUUUGACGUAGAUUCACGAGCGUACAAGCUGCUCACCAAGCUAUAACGCGAUACUUGCCACGAUUUGAUUUUUGUUUAACUCGAAUCACAACCGCACAACGCCAGUUUUGCCAACAAACCAAAGCUUCAUCUCGUCAUAAUGGAUCGUCGUGAUCAGAACAUUUGGGCAUAUCGGACAAUCGGACGGCAGGAACUCGAUAGGAUAGGAGGAACGCAUAAAUUAAGUCAUCGAAAACAAUCAAGUGCCAUAGAGAUGGUGUGGGUACGAAGUCCCACAAGCAAAAGGGGUUCAUGAGUGAGAUCGUUUCCUUCAUUUGUCACGUCGAAAUAGAAAACCGGAGAUUUUAAUACGAAGCAUAUUCUUAUCGCGAAAGAAAUUGCUCCUAUUGUUUUACUAUAUUUUUAUAUAUACAUAUCGCUGAAGACACGAUAGGUUCA